CUCUCCUCGGCACGCGGCCUUCCGCCGGCCACCGAGCGCCGGCCGACGCGGGCGGCCUCCACAGGCUUGCAGCUCCUCCCAGUUCCUAGAGCGGCUUGGUGCGGCCUGGCGCUUCCGCUUCCCGUCCCCGCCCCCGGCGGCCGCCCCCGGGACGCCUGGGUCCGAGCCCCCUCCCCAUUUGGCGCGGAGCCCGCAUACCCCGGCCGCCGGCGGCUCCGGCAGCGAAACCCCGCCAAGGAGCUCGUGAGGGCGCCGGUGUGGCACAGCCGGAGGCGGCUGGGAGGAGAAGGGGGCGCUGCGGGCCGGAAGGAGCAGCAGGGCGGCGUGCGGGCGAUGGAGCGCGCGGUGGAGCCCUGGGGCCCGGAUCUCCAGGGCGCAGAGGAGAGGGAGCAGCUGAGAGGCGCCCGCACAGGUUUAGGGAGUGAGAAUGUGGAGAUUUCUCAGCCGGAUGAGUUUGAACAUCCCCCCCAGGAGGAUGACUUGGGGUUCAAGGAAGAGGAAGAUCCGGCUCCAGGUCAUGCCUCUCUCAAACCUGAAGGCAUCCAGACCUGGGAUGACUUGUGGGUCCAGAGAGAGGGACCGGGAAAACCUCAGGCUCGGGACAGAGGUCCCCGGCUCCUGGGAGAGCCACGCUGGGGCCAGGCUAGCGAUCGGGCUGCCGUGUGUGGUGAGUGUGGCAAGAGCUUUCGGCAGAUGUCAGAUCUGGUGAAACACCAGCGGACCCACACAGGGGAGAAACCCUACAAGUGUGGGGUCUGCGGCAAGGGCUUUGGGGAUAGCUCUGCCCGUAUCAAACACCAGCGAACUCAUAGUGGUGAAAAGCCCUACAGAGCCCGACCACCAGCCCAGGGUCCCCCAAAGAUUCCUCGGUCCAGGAUCCCGGCUGGUGAGCGCCCCACUAUCUGCGGUGAAUGUGGCAAGAGCUUCCGGCAGAGUUCUGACCUGGUGAAACACCAGCGGACACACACGGGUGAGAAGCCCUACAAAUGUGGCAUCUGCGGCAAGGGCUUUGGUGACAGUUCUGCUCGUAUAAAGCACCAGCGGACACACCGGGGGGAGCAGCCACCCCGGCCCGUGGUGCCCAGACGGCAGCCUUCUCGAGCAGCCACGGCAGCCCCACAGGGACCCAAGGCCCAGGACAAGCCAUAUAUCUGCACCGAUUGUGGCAAAAGAUUUGUGCUCAGCUGCAGCCUUCUGAGCCACCAGCGCAGUCACCUGGGGCCCAAACCUUUUGGCUGUGAUGUGUGUGGAAAGGAGUUUGCCCGGGGCUCAGACCUGGUGAAGCACCUGCGGGUGCACACGGGAGAGAAGCCCUACCUGUGCCCUGAGUGUGGCAAGGGCUUUGCCGACAGCUCUGCCCGGGUCAAACACCUCCGCACCCACAGUGGGGAGAGGCCUCACGCCUGUCCGGAAUGUGACCGCACCUUCAGCCUCAGCUCCACCCUCCUCCGCCACCGCCUCACUCACAUGGAGCCCCAGGACUUCAGCUUCCCAGGCUACCCUUUGGCCCCCCUGAUCCCCAGCCCACCCCCCAGCUCAAGCCCACCCCCACCUCCUCUUGGCACAAGCCCCCCACUGACACCUCGAAGCCCUUCACACUCAGGUGAUGGGCCUUUUGGCCUGCCUGGCUUGGAGCCAGAGCCCGGGGGCCCACAGGCUGGGGAGCCACCCCCACCACUGGCAGGUGACAAGCCCCACAAGUGCCCUGAGUGUGGCAAGGGCUUCCGCCGAAGCUCGGACCUGGUGAAACACCACCGUGUGCACACAGGGGAGAAACCCUACCUCUGCCCUGAAUGCGGCAAGGGUUUUGCUGACAGCUCGGCCCGAGUCAAGCACCUCCGCACCCACCGAGGUGAACGGGCUCGGCCACCACCACCAUCCACUCUCCUGAGGCCACAUAACCCCCCUGGCCCAGCACCCAUGGCCCCUCGACCCCGAGUCCGAGCCCAGCCCUCUGGACCCAGCCAGCCCCAUGUGUGUGGCUUCUGUGGGAAGGAGUUUCCCCGGAGCUCAGAUCUGGUCAAACAUAGGCGAACACACACUGGGGAGAAGCCAUAUAAGUGUGCAGAGUGUGGCAAAGGUUUUGGUGACAGUUCUGCCCGAAUCAAGCACCAGCGUGGGCACUUGGUCCUGAGGCCCUUUGGGACAGGGGAUGGUCGGGCAAGGCCCCUCAAAGAGGAGCCGCCAACAGGACUGGAAUGAUGGGGUCCAGGGAAGGUGGAGGCCCAGGAGACCAAAGGGAGGGUAUCGGCUGCUUAAGCAGAGAAGAAAGGGCCGGGGAGGUGGUGGGAGGGAGAAGAAGGGGAAGAAAUGGGAGAAAGGAGUGAAUAGAUAGAAAUAGAGAUUGGAGACAAUGACCUUGAAGCUCAGGAAACUGUCCUGGCUGGGCUCAGUCAGGAUCUUGACAGCGUGGUCUAUACCCCCAGCUUCUAGAACACUGCCUUGUACUCUGAAUAGUGUAGGCACUCAAUAAGUACUUGUUGAAUGAAUAAACUGGCCUUAGCCUGAGGGCCCUUAAAGAACUCUAAAUUCCUGCUGCCUCUUAACCUGUUAAGGAUUGCUCCUACCCAACCUUGCCCUUAGGAGACCAGCACCCUGGCCAGCACCAAACAGGGUUUGACCUGUGUUUACAACAGCGAGACUUCAGGAGUUUGGGGUGGUAGAGAGGCAGGAGCAUCUUGAACCUUCUGAUGGGGAGAGUGUUGCUGUGUGGACUGCAGUACGCAGGCUCAGGCCCCUGGACAUGGCCUUAGCCAGGAAGGGCGCUCUUGGACAGCCCAGACCCAUCUGCCCUGGAGAACCCCAACCUGCCCUGACACCUGGACACUGGCAGAAUAGACCAGAGACAGCAGAAGGAGCACUCCUACACUCGAUGCCAAGCCCAGGUGCUGGUGGACGUCAGCAGAGACAAACUGGCUGGGAGAAGGGCAGGACUGGAGUGAGGAGAGGCCAGGGAAGCUCCAAGGCAGGACAGCCACAUUUCCAUGUAUCUCCUUGCCAAUAAACUUUCUUGUCUGAA